GGGCACCCACGUCCCUGCCAUCUCCUAGCGACAGGGACUCUUUGUCACUGAGCCAGGGAAUUCCAUGCUGGGCUGGGGCUGGAUGGCAGCACCCGGUCCCUGCAGUGUCUCUGCUGCUCUUCAGGAGCAGCUGAGGCAGCUGGCUCUGCAGGACUUCCCCUGUGGCCUGGGCAGCUGGAACAAGUCCCGCUUUCCUGCACGCAGGAGCCCCCGUGGGCGCCAGACAAGGCUGUGGGCAGACCCGGCCGGGCACGAGGAGGACGUGCCACUGAGUGAGGAGAGCCCUGAGGCACUGAUAGAGCUGCUGAAGGACCGACACAGCCCCUGGGCCCUGCCACCAGGCUGCAGCCCCCAGGACCAGCACCUGCGGGAAGUGGCUGUGCUGCAGCCCAAACUCGUCUGCGGCUCCAACAUCUUCCAGGUUCUCAGGUCCCUGCGGAUCGUUGACAAGGGAGUGGAGGAGCUUGAUGAGGGUCUGUUGCAGUUACAGCAGCUGGAGGAGCUCAUCCUCAGUGCCAACCACAUCAGUAGGAUAACCUCGGCCAACCUGCCCCGGACACUGAAGGUCCUGGAGCUCUGCUGCAAUGCUGUGGCUGAUCUGCAGGACCUGUGUGCUCAGCCUCCUCCAGAGCUUCUGCACUUGGGGCUGGGAUACAACAGGCUGUGUGGACCUUCACAGGACAAGUACCUCACUGCAGCCUUCUGGCCAAAUCUUGUCUCCCUUGACCUGAGCUUUAACAACUUAACGGAUUUGGUGGGGCUGGUCUCCCAACUGUCCAGUCUGGAGAAGCUCCGCAUCCUCGUGCUCAAAGGGAACCCGCUGGCUCUCAUUCCCACUUACAGAGGCUUCCUUGUGGACAGCCUGCCCAAGCUCUGCAUCCUCGAUGACAUCCACGUAGGGUUUGAUGAGAGGCACCAGUUCCUUGGUUUGGCAAGUCAGCCAGAGCUAAUGAGGAGUGAAGCACGAGUGGUUGUGAGUGUUGGGGACAUGAAAGGAGUCCCUGAUCCUAGUACUCUUCAGCAGCUGGCGAAUGACUCCGACUUUCCAGUGAUCACCUACAGCUACUGUGUGACAUAUGAGUUUGUGGAGGGAGAGGAGCUUGACAACAGCAGCAGCACUGAGGUAACAAAAAUCCAUCAGAGUCCUGAGGUGGCCACCUUGGAUGCAGACAGCUCUGCUCAGUACACGGGAGAAACAAAGAGCCAGCAGGACCCUGCAGCCACAGAGGAGCCCAAGGCCAGCUCUGCAAAGGUGUUUGUCACCCCUGGAAAGCCCUGGGAAGAUACCAUUGACUACAGCUACAGGAAGGAGCAUAUUGUUAAAGACUUAGUGAGGCUGAAGUCCUACCUGGCGGCUGGAACAAUUGUCUCUGUUGUGGAGGAGAAGGUGCUCUCAUGGCCUAUUGAAGCUGAUCCAGAAGAAAACACAGACACAAAUAAGAAGGCAGGACGAGGGCAGCAGAAGGAUGGUGCCAAGGGUCCUGCACGCAAGGACAAGCAGAAAAAGAAGAAGGAAAAGUCAUGUGAACUCCGCAGUGACCCUCCCAUUCGGAGGACCCUGGGCACCAGGAAGGUGACCCUGGAGUCUCUGCUGGCCACUGAGGACCUGGUGACAGCUCUGUGUGACUUUGGGAUUCUGGUCACUGAACAACCACUGCAGCCACCAAGUGUGGGGGAGAAGCUCUCUCCACAGGACAAGAAGAAAAGCAAAGACAAGAGCAAAAACCCAAAAGCAGAGAGUAAAAGUCAGGCCAAACGGAAAGCUUCAACGUCUGCCAAAGGUGACAGAGACUGGAGCUGGCUGGGCAGAGGGUG